ACGCCGUUGGCGUAGCCGGGCGUCGGGCGCGCUGGCCUCCGCGACGCAGUUAGCGCAGUCGGCUUUGGUGAAUACACGAUUUGGUGCAGCCGGGGUUUGGUACCGAGCGGAGAGGAGAUGCACACGGCACUCGAGUGUGAGGAAAAAUAGAAAUGAAGGUACAUAUGCACACAAAAUUUUGCCUCAUUUGUUUGCUGACAUUUAUCUUCCAUCAUUGCAACCAUUGCCAUGCAGAACAUGACGAUGGACCUGAGGAGCUUCACAGACACCAUUGCGGAACGACAGAAUUGGAGUCAAGCAAAUUUUCAGUGCAGGAUGCUGAAAAUGAAAAAAAUUACUAUAUUGAAAAACUUUUUGACCGCUAUGGCGAAAAUGGAAGAUUAUCAUUUUUUGGUCUGGAGAAACUUUUAACAAACUUGGGCCUUGGAGAGAUAAAAGUAGUUGAGAUUAAUCAUGAUGAUCUUGGCCAUGAUCAUGUUUCUCACUUAGAUAUUUUGGCAGUUCAAGAGGGAAAGCAUUUUCAUUCACAUAACCACCAGCAUUCCCAUAAUCAUUUAAAUCCAGAAAAUCAAACUGUGACCAGUGUACCAACAAAAAGAAACCAUAAAUGUGAUCCAGAGAAAGAGACAAUUGAAGUACCUGUAAAAUCUGAUGAUAAACAUAUGCAUGACCAUAAUCAUCGCUUACAUCAUCACCAUCAUUUCCAUCAUCACCCUGACCACAACACCACUCGCCAUGUUCACAAUGAUUCUAUUACUCACAGUGAGCGUGGGGAGCCUAGUCAUGGACCUUCAACAGAGACCAAUAAAACCCAGGAACAAUCUGAAGUUAAGCCACUAAAAGGAAGGAGAAAGAAAAAAGUGAAGAAAAGUAAUGAAAACUCUGAGGUCAUUACUCCAGGUUUGCUCCCUAACCAUGAUCAGGGUGAACAGUAUGAACACAACCGUGUCCACAAGCCUGAUCGUGUACAUAACCCGGGUCAUGCUCAUGUACAUCCUCCAGAACAUAGUGGCCAUGAUCCUGGUCAUGGACACCAAGAGCUUGAUCCUGAGAACGGUGAACUUCGACAUACUAGAAAGCGUGAAGCACCACAUGUUAAAAAAAGUGCAAUUUAUUCAGCUGCUAAUCACAAAGAUCAUAAUGAAGAUGACCAUCCACAUGAAUGUUUGAACGUCACUCAGUUGUUAAAGUACUAUGGUCAUGGUGCCAAUGCUCCCAUCUCACCUGAUCUAUUUACAUACCUUUGCCCUGCAUUGCUGUAUCAGAUCGACAGCAGAUUUUGUAUUGAGCAUUUUGACAAACUUUUAGUUGAAGAUUUAAAUAAGGAUAAAAAUCUGGUUCCUGAAGAUAAGGCAAAUGUAGGGGCAUCAGCAUGGAUUUGUGGUAUCAUUUCUAUCACUGUCAUUAGCCUUCUUUCCUUGCUGGGCGUGAUUUUGGUCCCCAUCAUUAACCAAGGAUGCUUCAAAUUCCUUCUCACAUUCCUUGUUGCAUUAGCUGUAGGAACAAUGAGUGGAGAUGCCCUUCUUCAUCUACUGCCCCAUUCUCAGGGUGGACAUGAUCACAGUCAUCAGCAUGCACACGGACAUGGACAUUCUCAUGGGCACGAACCCAAGAAGUUUCUGGAAGAGUAUGAUGCUGUGUUGAAAGGACUUGUUGCUCUUGGAGGCAUUUACUUGCUUUUUAUAAUUGAACACUGCAUUCGAAUGUUUAAACACUACAAACAACAAAGAGGAAAACAGAAAUGGUUUAUGAAGCAGAGCACGGAAGAAUCAACUAUUGGAAGAAAGCUUUCGGAUCAUAAGUUAAACAACACCCCCGAUGCUGACUGGCUUCAACUCAAGCCUCUUGCUGGAACUGAUGAUUCUGUUGUUUCUGAAGAUCGACUUAAUGAAACUGAAAUGACAGAUUUAGAAGGCCAACAAGAAUCUCCUCCUAAAAAUUUCCUUUGUAUAGAAGAGGAGAAAAUCAUGGACCAUUCUCACAGUGAUGGCUUACAUGCCAUUCAUGAGCAUGAUCUCCAUGUUACUGCUCAUAACCACCAUGAUGAGAAUAAAACUGUGCUGAGGAAACAUAAUCACCAGUGGCACCACAAACACUCUCAUCAUUCUCACGGUCCCUGUCAUUCUGGAUCAGAUCUGAAAGAGACAGGAAUAGCUAAUAUAGCCUGGAUGGUAAUCAUGGGGGAUGGCAUCCACAACUUCAGUGAUGGGCUCGCAAUUGGAGCGGCAUUUAGUGCUGGACUGACAGGAGGAAUCAGUACUUCAAUAGCAGUCUUCUGUCACGAGCUGCCACAUGAAUUAGGUGAUUUUGCAGUUCUUCUGAAAGCAGGCAUGACUGUAAAGCAGGCAAUUGUGUACAACCUCCUCUCUGCCAUGAUGGCCUACAUAGGCAUGCUCAUAGGCACAGCUGUUGGCCAGUAUGCCAAUAAUAUCACACUGUGGAUCUUUGCAAUCACAGCAGGCAUGUUCCUCUAUGUAGCCUUAGUGGAUAUGCUUCCAGAAAUGUUGCAUGGUGAUGGCGACAAUGAAGAACAUGGCUUUUGUCCAGUGGGGCAGUUCAUUCUUCAGAACUUGGGAUUGCUGUUUGGAUUUGCCAUCAUGCUGGUGAUCGCCCUCUAUGAAGACAAGAUUGUGUUUGACAUCCAGUUUUGACCAUUCCCAGUAAUCGCUAUUGGUUACGACCAUGUUAACCCUGAAGCAGCUUUGCAUCUGUUCUUGUACUGUAUGCACAAUGCUCAAAGAAAAGUCAGUGGCUUGCACUAGUUACAAGUUCCAUAGAUUUGAGCCUAAAAGCGAAAGACUGGUGCUCAGUACUGUUUUCCAUGCAUGAAGGGGUUUUAAAAACAUAAAGUUUGUGAUAAAGAUAGGAGAAAAGGACUCCAGGAACCAAUGCUGAUACAAGUUUGAUUAAGACUUUUUAAAAAAUAAUCAUAUAAAACACUAGUCUCUUUAUUAGUAGACACUUCUGUGACUAUGCAGAAAUAGAAAUCAAACCAAAAAAAUCACUUAAAUUUUAAAAAUAUUUUAAAUGGACUUUGAGCAGACUUUGUGCUAAGUAUGAACUAUAGUGCCCUUUCAUUCAGUACAUAUAUAUAUACACAUAGAUAUAUGUGUAUAUGUAUAUAUACACACACACAUAUAUAUAUCGGGUAAUAGGGAUCAACUUGACACAACAUUGAAACCGCAUAAAGUAGACUGUAGAAACUAGAGGAAAGCCCAGGCUGCAUUAGAAUAUGAAUUUAGCAUCGGGAAAACCCUUAUUCUUGAAUCUAGAGUUACUAUUUUUGUAUAUAUUUGCAUAGUGUUUAAACUUGCAGCCUAAACUACUGAAAAUUGUGAUUGUAUGUUUGUGUGAGCUUCAGUUUAAUGAAAGAUUCAUAACAGUUCUUUGUAUUAUUACAAUACUUGGUAUUUGGGGAUGGUAUUUUUUUUCCUAAACUUUAAUUUUGUUUUUGUUUUUGCUUUUGGGUUUUUUUUUUUUUUUGGUGGAGGAAGGUGGGGGUCAAGAGCAUGUGGUCAGAUGCUUUUUCCUUAAAGUUUUAACCCUCUAGAAAAUGUCAAAGAAAUAAACCUGAACAUAAUGCUUAAUUUUCCAAUUUUAAGGACUAACGAAAUGGAAAUCUGAACAUUCACAUCAUUCCCUAGUUUGGCAUUGCAACCAAAAGCACAUGCUAUGACUGGCAGCAAAGUUGUAAGGCAGGAAAUCCAAGUUUUCAUAUUUAAUCUGCAUAUGAAGUGUCAAACAGUUACCAGGAUAAAAACUUAGUUGAUACCUUGACUGUUAUGGUACCAAGCAAAUGAUGAAGCUGAAAUCACCCUCAUUUUGUGCCAAGAUUGUUUGUGCCUAAUAGGGAUUGGCUUCCUGUGUAGGUGCCCUCUUCUACAUAAUAUAAAUGAUUUGUGAGAAGUGCAAGCCAUGUUUAUCCUCAAGUUUUACUCGGUAAUUUAUAGUACUAGUCACAUGCAUGUAGCUUUCUGUUUACAUCUUGUGCCACAUGGUCGUCAUUUAGGCCAGGUAAACUGUAUUUGAACUAUGUGCAGCUAGCUUUUUCAACCCGCUUGACAACCUGUGUAGUUCUUUUUAAAAACUUACAAUUCAAAACUCUCUAAGAGCCAAACUCUUUCCAUUCCAUAUUACAUGUUUUCAUUUACUCCUUCUCACACAAUUCCUUUUCUCUUUGUAUGGACUUUUUAAAACAGAACUUUAAGAGCAGCACAUGUAUCCCGGUAUUAGUAAGGUUAUGGUCAGUGUUUUUUUCUUAAUGCUGUUAGCAAGGUUGCUUAGGUUUUGUUACAUCUGAAUUUUUGCUUGAAUUUGAAAAAUUAUUUUUGGCUUUCUCUGUGGCCUCCUUGUAGUAAGUAGGAGUUCUGUACACAGAUUGUUUUCGGCACUGGGCGCUGAAUUAGGACAGUCCUCAUCUCAUUGCUUGGCCCUUCAAGCAACCUAGCUGAAAGGUGCUGAUAUUUUAUUUAAUACUGCCAACUUUAAGUGAUACAGUAUCUUGCUUUCUGAACCAAGAUACAUUUGUAGUUCAUUUUGGGGGGUUUUAAAGCAAGGAGGAUUGUGCAUCCCAACAUUAAAUCUACUUCAUUUAAGAGCAACAGCUGGAAUAAACUCCCAUUCUUAAAAUAAAUGCCUCAUUUCAAGCAGAUCGGUUAUGCUAAAGUAUAUGUUUUAUAUUCUCUAAAAAAUGGUAUUUCCUUUAUUUGCUAGAUUUUCUUAACCUUUUAGGAGGGCGGUGGCGGUAACAGUUGCUGCUAGUAUUUUGAUAGGGUUCCACCAGUAUUUAGUUUUCACAUCAUCCUAAUGUACAGUUUCAAGUCUUACUAGACAAUCUUAAUUCCACUACAUUUCUGUUUGGCUCCAACAUUCCGUUUAGCUUGACCAGUCCGAUUUUAACCUGUGUUUGUUGGAGGUCAUUAUUGUUACUUGUACAAUGCUGUCACUGUGUGACAUCCAAAUGAAUUUUGGUGUAUAUCACAUUGCAGUCAAUCAGCUGUGAUUAUGCUUAGAAAUACUAUAGUAACUAGAUGCAGUGUGAAUUCUUUCCAUUAACAGUGAGUCAGUGGCUUAAAUGUGAUUAUGGUCCUGCAAGGUGAUACUUGCUAAAAUAUCUAAACUCUUUUUUUGUUGUAACUGAAUCAUUUUUUAAAAAAAAUUUAUAAAGCUGGAAAUGAUAAAAUGCUGUUUUUUUUCAUUGUCAACAGUGGUGUGUCAUUUUGUGUGUGUUCCUAAUGCUUAUGGAACUCUCCCAAAAUAAAGUUAUUCAAAAA